AUGCCACCGAAGAGGAAGGCUCAAGGGGCCGCCACCGGCAGCUUCAAGGCAGGAAAGGGCUCUGUAGCUUCAACACCUGGGGGCGCCACCCCCAGGAGUAUCGCCAGCGAUAAUGAAUCGGUAGCGGAUCCCGUGAGCGAGUCGGAAGACGAGAAUCUCGAGAAGAACGUCGACAAGUUCUCCGUCGAGGCGUACCUGGACAGGCCCAAGACGAACGGUCAUGAAUCCAUGACUGGACUAUUCAAGAAGAAGCGCGACUUCUCCUUCCUCCAGCUGAAACCCGAUUAUCAGAAUCGCCCGCUCUGGAUCGACCCUGCCAAAGGCCGUAUUUUCCUCGAAAGCUUCAACCCGCUGGCCGAGCAAGCACAGGACUUCCUCAUCACCAUUGCCGAACCAAUUUCCCGGCCGUCCUUCGUUCACGAAUAUGCGCUCACGACACACAGCUUGUACGCUGCGGUCUCUGUGGGCUUGUCACCCCAGGAUAUCAUCAACACUCUCGAUCGGUUUCUGAAGAUGCCUUUGCCCGACAGCAUUCGCAAGUUCAUCGAGGGCUGCACGCAAAGUUUCGGCAAAGUCAAGCUGGUGCUUAAGAAUACGAAAUACUUUGUCGAGAGUACGGAUCCGGUCAUCCUGCAGAAGCUGCUGAAAGACUCCGUCAUCGGACCGCUGCGAGUACACGGUACGGAGGAGAUUACCACAAUAGCGGCUCCGAAACAGGGCCCUCUGGUCAUUCCAGGCACUGCCAAUGCUGCUGGUGUGCGACAGGCCGAAGAACAAAAGGCCAAGGGACGCGAGGGUGAGGUGAAGGAGGGCGAGGUCUACGCGGCACUGAACGAUGACGACGAUGACGAUCAGGAGAUCACGCAUGCCUUUGAGAUCGGGGACGAGGCAGUCGAGACCGUUCAGAAGAGGUGUCUUGAACUGGAGUAUCCGGUGUUGGAGGAGUACGAUUUCCGACGAGAUGAGGCCAACCCGAACCUGGAGAUCGACUUGCGCCCGGGCACCUUGAUUCGACCCUACCAAGAAAAGAGUCUGAGCAAGAUGUUUGGUAAUGGACGAGCCAAGAGCGGUCUGAUCGUCCUUCCUUGCGGUGCUGGAAAAACGCUUGUCGGUAUCACCGCAGCUUGCACCGUCAAGAAGGGCGUCAUCGUCCUCUGCACCAGUUCCAUGUCUGUCGUGCAAUGGCGAAACGAAUUCCUCAAGUGGUCCAACAUUAAGCCAGAGGAUAUCGAAGCAUUCACGUCAGACAACAAGGGCAGAAUCUUCCCGGGUAACACCGGUAUCAUUGUGACCACAUACUCCAUGGUGACGCAAACCAGGGAGCGUUCUCACGAGGCCAAGAAGAUGAUGGACUUUUUGCAGACGCGAGAAUGGGGUCUGAUGCUUCUGGACGAGGUCCACGUUGUCCCCGCCAAUAUCUUCAGAAAGGUCACCUCGUCCAUCAAGACGCAUUCGAAGCUUGGCUUGACCGCCACACUGCUUCGUGAAGAUGACAAGAUCUCAGAUCUGAACUUUUUGAUUGGCCCCAAGUUAUACGAGGCGAACUGGAUGGAACUCAGCGAACAAGGCCACAUUGCCAAGGUUCAAUGCGCUGAGGUCUGGUGCCCCAUGACUACGGAAUUCUACGAUGAGUACUUGAAGGCGUCGGCCAGAAAACGCGCGCUGCUGUACAUCAUGAACCCGAGAAAGUUCCAAGCCGCUCAGUACCUCAUCAACUACCACGAGUCUCGAGGCGACAAGAUCAUUGUCUUUUCGGACAACGUCUACGCUUUGAAGACAUAUGCUGAGAAGCUGGAGAAGGCUUACAUUUUCGGCGGCACUGGACAGGCAGAGCGCAUGAACAUUCUGCAAAACUUCCAGCAUAACCCUCAAGUCAACACAUUAUUCUUGUCAAAGAUUGGUGACACAUCCCUCGAUCUUCCCGAGGCUACCUGUCUCAUUCAGAUCUCGUCACAUUACGGUUCUCGUCGUCAAGAGGCGCAGCGACUCGGCCGUAUCUUGCGAGCCAAGAGGAGAAACGACGAGGGUUUCAAUGCCUUCUUCUAUUCCCUGGUGUCGAAGGAUACCCAGGAGAUGUACUACUCCUCCAAGAGACAGGCGUUCCUGGUCGACCAGGGCUACGCCUUCAAGGUCAUCACGCAGCUCGCCAACAUCGAGAAGACACCUGGCCUAGCCUACGCCGCGGCGAGCGAGAGACGAGAGCUCUUGCAAAAGGUCCUCAUCGAGAACGAGGCGGGCGGCGAAGACGAGGUCAUUGACGACCUGUUCCACAGCGGCACGAUGGGCCGCGCGCCGGCCAGGGGCAGGAAGAAGGCCGCCGCGAGGAGGACGGCUGGUCUGCUGGGCGACCUGUCGGGUGGACAGGACAUGGCCUACAUGGAGCAAAACAAGAGGGUCAAGCUCAAGAAGGCAAAGGGAGAGAGCAGUGCCUUCUUCAAGAAGAUCCAGAGAGAGAAGGCCAAGCGAUAG